UUUAAAAUAAACCUCACAGUUGUGCAGUAUGCAACGCUCGCUUAUAGUGUAAUGGUUACUUGACUAGUAUUACUAUUGUGUAAUAAGUGUUAUAAUAUUGCUAAUUAAUAUAAAAUGGCAGAUAUAGAGAAGCUUUUAAAACAGGCAGCUAUGCAAAUUGGUGCUGGUGGAAGUGCAGGUUUCAUAGAAGUAUGCAUAAUGCAUCCUCUGGACCUCGUCAAGACUAGAUUACAAUUACAAGCAACAGUUAAAUCACCAUCUAAAGCCAUAGAUCCCCAUCAUUAUAAUGGAAUAGUUGAUUGCAUGAAAAAAAUGUAUAAAUAUGAAGGAUUGACGUCAUUCUGGAAAGGUAUUUUACCACCAAUUUUGGCUGAAACUCCGAAACGUGCAGUAAAAUUUGUUUGUUUCGAGCAAUAUAAGAAAAUAUUUUUCUUCGGGGCUAACACUCCGGCUCCUGUGACUUUUGCCUUAGCAGGUCUAGGGUCGGGGAUCACUGAGGCGUUAUUAGUGAAUCCAUUUGAAGUGGUGAAAGUUACAUUGCAAUCAAACAAGGCAUUAGCUGCUCAAGUGCCGAGCACGUGGACUGUGACGAGGCAGAUAGUCCGCGAGAACGGGCUAGGCUUCAGGGGACUUAACAAAGGGCUCACAGCGACUAUGGCCAGAAAUGGAAUUUUUAACAUGGUUUAUUUCGGCUUCUAUCACAGUGUCAAAGGAUAUCUGCCCGAGUGCGAAGAUCCCUUGCUAGAGUUUGGUCGUAAGGUCGCCAUUGGUUUCACGUCAGGUGUUCUGGGCUCAUGUGUAAAUAUUCCGUUCGAUGUAGCGAAGAGUCGGAUCCAGGGUCCGCAACCGACUCCCGGCGUCAUCAAAUACAGUUCCACCACUAACGCUAUACUGUUAGUGUACAGAGAGGAAGGAUUCCGAGCUCUAUACAAAGGUUUAUUACCGAAGGUCCUCAGGCUGGGUCCUGGCGGUGCGAUCAUGUUGGUCGUGUACGAUUACGUUUACAACUACCUUGAAAAUAAAUUUCAACCGAAAAGUUUUUAUUAAGAUUUUUUUUUUUAUGUCGAAUAGUCAAAAUUAUAAUUCGAUUAAAAUUGGAAAUAUUACAAAUAUAUUUUUGCUUUGAAGUUUGAGUAAUUGCUGAACAUAGAAAAAACUUAGAUUAAUAAAUUAUACAAGCAAUUUUUACAUCACUGUUACGGUGCAGAACAUUUUCACAUGAGUUGCGGUAACGUGACGCAAUUAAUACAACUAUCUAUAAGUGUAUACUUGAAAGUAGUUCACGGCUUGAAAUGUUAAGAACGUAACGCGUCACUGUGUAUAUAUGAUUAUUUAAUAGUAAAUAAAGAUAUGAUAUGAUUAUUUAAUAGUAAAUAUAUAUAAUUAAUUAUAGCAUUUAUAAAGAAAUGUCGGCGUUGAGACGGAUGGGAAAAUAUUUAGUUUAGGUCAUCAAUUAAAUGAUAGUUUAACAUUACACAAAUCCUGAAGGUGUUUGUUUGUUGUUAAAGUUAUUAAAAAGCUACAAGUGUA